CUUGAACAUCUGUGAAGAAAUGACUAUUCUACAUGGGGGCUUCCUGCUGGCUGAGCAGCUGUUCCGCCCCAAAGCACUAGCAGAGUUGACCAAGUCUGACUGGGAACACGUCGGGCAGCCCAUCGUGGAGGCCUUGCAGGAGAUCUCGGCCGCAGCGUGCACCCAGCCCUUUGUGUGGAGGAAGAAGGCGCUGAUCAUCAUCUGGGCCAAGGUGCUCCAGCCCUACCCCGCCACCACUUCGGACACGGAAACCUGGUGGCAGGAAGACGUGUUCUUCUCCGUGGGCAACAUGCUCCCGACCAUCAAUCACACGGUUCUUUUUGAGCUGCUCAAGUCCCUGGAAGCCUCUGGACUCUUUGUCCAGCUCCUGAUGGCCCUGCCCACCACCAUCUGUCGCGCGGAGCUAGAGCGCUUUUUGGAGCACACGGCUCUCGACACGUCCUCGAAGGACGUGGCCUUCUUCUUGGACAUGUGGUGGGAGAUGAUGAAGCACACGGGCGACCAGCAGGACCCGCUGCUCUCUCAGUUCAGGACAAUGGCCCAUAAGUACUUGUCCUCUUCGGAUGAGUUCUGCCACCCUCCCAAGAGGUUUAAGUCAGACCCAGAUGUGUGUCCCACCAUGCCCCUGUUGGCCAUGCUGCUGAAUGCGCUGAAGCAAAUCCAGAAGAAAAUCCUGUGCCCGGCGAUGAAGUGCUGUGCCUUAGCCAACCUGGCCGACAUGCUGACGGCUUUCGCCCUGGUGGAGGAAGACCCCCAGGAAGUGUCUGCGACCGUGUAUCUGGACAAACUGGCCACCGUGAUCACCGUGUGGAACUCGGACACCCAGAACCCGUACCACCAGCAGGCGCUGGCAGAGAAGGUGAAGGAGGCAGAGCGGGGUGUCAGCCUGAACUCCCUGGCCAGGCUCCCCACAGAGACGCUCUUUGUGGCGUUCGAGUACCUGCAGUGUCUGCUCUGCGAGUGGGGCGAGGAGCUGCAGGCCCUGCUCAACGGCAGCCAGGGGACAAAUUACGAAAGCUACCGCCUGUGCGAGAGCCUGACCUCCUUCAGCCAGAACUUGAAGCUCUACCUGGAUACCGCCACCUUGUCUAAGGAAGAGAGGCAGGUGGUCUCUGAGCUGGCCGACUGUGUCAAGGGCUUCCUGCAGAAAACCAGCCAGGUGCUGAAGGGCCAGGGCACGGAGAAAGACAUCGCUGCUUCGAUAGCCAUGGCCAUCAUCGAGCAGAAGAUGGACCGGCACAUGGAAAUGUGCUAUGUUUUCGCCUCCGAGAAGCAGUGGGCCUUCUCAGAUGAGUGGCUCGCCUGCCUGGUUAACAACAAGGCCCUCUUCCGAGAGCCCAGCUUGGUGCUCAAGCUACUGGAGACCGUGACGGAUGUCGUCACCUCCGACAGGGCCGUCCCCGCGGCGGCGCGCAUCAAACAAGUGGUCGACUUGAUCCUGGAAUGUUACGCCGACCUCUCACUGCCAGAUAAGAAUAAGGUCCUGGCGGGCAUCCUGCGUUCCUGGGGGCGGCAGGGCCUCUCGGAGAAGCUGCUGGCCUACGUGGAGGGUUUCCAGGACAGCCUCAACACCACUUUCAACCAGCUCGCCCAGAGUGCCUCCGAACAGGGCCUGGCCAAUGCCGUGGGCUCGGUGGCCCGGCUGCUGAUUCUGCACCCUGAAAUCACAGUGAAGAAGAUGUGCAGCACGGCGGUCCUCCACCUUGGCACCCACAAGUUCCUGGCGCAGAUCCUCAGUGCCUUCCCCGCUCUUAGGUUCACGAGAGAGCAGGAUCUGGGGCCGGCCCCAGUCACCACCUUCGUAGUGGCCUGCCUCAAAGAAACCGUCUGGGGGAGUUUCUCGACCCCCAAGGAAGAAAAACAGUUCUUGGAGUUCCUGAGCUGCCUGAUGUGCCCCGUGAAGCCCCAAGGGAUCCCCGUGGCCGCUCUGCUCGAGCCAGACGAGGUGCUGAAGGAGUUCGUCCUGCCUUUCUUGAUGCUGGAUGCCGAAGAGGUCGACCUCAGCCUGAAGCUCUUCACCCAGACUCUGGAGGCCCACUCGGGCCUGGAGGAGUACUGGCUGCAGACCUGCUUCCCGUUCCCCCUCAUCUUCAGCCUCUGCCAGCUCCUCGAUUGCUUCAGCAAGUACUGGCAGCUCCCCAGGGAGAAGCGGCGCCUCCCUCUGGACGGGAAGGACCUGGUGAUCCACAUCCUGGCGCGCCUCUGUGAGAUCGUGUUAGCGAACGCCGAGACCUUCGCCCCCGACACCUGGACCAAGUCCCUGUCCUGGCUGCACCGGAAGCUGGAGCAGCUGGACUGGACGGUGGGCCUGAGACUCAAGCAUUUCUUCGAGGGCCACUUCAAGUGUGAGGUGCCAGCCACCCUCUUCGAGAUCUGUAAGCUUUCCGAGGGCGAGUGGACCUCCCAGCCGCACCCCGGGUACGGGCCAGGUACCGGGCUGCUGGCCUGGAUGGAGUGCUGCUGUCUCUCCAGCAGCAUCUGCUCGCAGAUGCUCGCCCUCCUGGUGGUGGACGUGGGCAACCCGGAGGAGGUCAGACUGUUCAGCAAGGGCUUUCUGGUGGCCCUGGUGCAAGUCAUGCCUUGGUGCAGCCCCCAGGAGUGGCAGUACCUCCACCAGCUGACCAGGAGACUGCUGGAGCAGCAGCUCCUCCACGUCCCGUACAGCCUGGAGUACGUCCAGUUUGUGCCCCUGCUCAACCUGAAGCCCUUCGCCCAGGAGCUCCAGCUCUCCGUCCUCUUCCUGAGAGUCUUCCAGUUCCUCUGCAGCCAGAGUUGCCGUAAUUGGCUUCCCCUCGAUGGCUGGAGCCACGUGGUCAAGCUCCUGGGUCACAGCCUGACCAACCUCCUGGACUCAGUUAGGCUGAUACAGUCCGUGGGCCCUUGGAACGAAGGGCAAGAACAGGACCUGACCCAGGAAGCCCUGUUUGUGUACACCCAACUCUUCUGCCACGUCCUGCACAUCAUGGCCAUGCUCCACCAAGAGGUGUGCGACCCCCUCUACGUCCUGGCCUUGGAAAUCCUCACUUGCUACGAAACCCUGAGCAAGGCCAAUCCUUCCGUGAGCUCCUUGCUCCAGAAGGUGAACGAGCAGCGCUUCUUAAAGUCCAUCGCUGAGAACAUCACCCCCGAGGAGCGGCGCCACACCCUGCUGCAGAAGAUCAGCAACUUCUGAUCGCCGCCCACCCGAGAAACGGGCUGGGCCUAGGCAGGGUGGCUCUUGUAGGGGUUGGAGCCGAGCAGCACACACUUGACUACGUGACUUUGUAUACAAGCUAAAAGAAGAUGUGUGCCAGUAACAGUGUAAAGGAAAUAGUUUCUUAGGUAUUUGUAACAUACAAACUGUAAUAAAAUUCUCAAGUUUCA